GGGGAACUACCGCGCGACAUGCGCAAUAGCUGUUUGGAGAACUGAUGGCAAAGAUAUUCCAUACAGGAACAUCUGUCAGUUUUGUUUACACACAUCUUGUGGGAGCGUGCUUCAAACUUUUUCUCUUGCAGAUGACUACUUUUACAAUGACUUCUAAUGGUGAACAGUUUCCACGAACCCUGGAAGGAUUUGGCUACGCAUUUAAUAAAGAGGGCAAACUUCGUAAAAUAUGCGGCAGCACUGGACAACCAGGCGAUGAUCCAUUUCAGUUUAGCGUGAGUGAGGACCAUUCUUUUAGUCAGAGGCACUAUGAAGCUUUGGGAGAGGUGAUAACAGAUUAUGUUUAUGGGCUGCUGGAAAAUGACUUAAAUCUCCAUAGACUUGAUGUGCCACAGAGUGGCAGUGGACCAAAGUCCUUCAUAUUUGCAACAGAAGAUGCCUUGCAGAAUCCAGAUAAACUACUUCUGUUAAUACACGGCAGUGGGGUUGUUAGAGCUGGACAGUGGGCUCGCAGCUUGAUAAUAAAUGACAGUCUUAAAACUGGUACACAGAUUCCUUAUAUCAAGAAAGCCAUAGAAUGUGGAUAUGGAGUGAUAAUUUUCAAUACUAAUGACAACACAAGAGAGAUUGAUGGCAAAGAAGUUAAAAUAAAGGGUAGCAGGGAUCCUAAAGAACAUGCUGAUUAUGUGUGGAAGCACUAUGUCAAGGAAUCAAAAGCAAAGCACAUAGCAAUUGUCGCCCAUAGUUACGGAGGUGUGGUUACAGUUGACCUGGCCAUAAAUCAUUUCUCCGAUUUUCAAGACCGUGUGUUUGCUAUUGCACUUACAGAUUCUGUGCAUAGCUUUCAGGUGCAGAAAUCAUCAUCAAAAGUAGUGCAAUAUCUACAGAAGGUUUCCAGGAAUUGGGUUGCUGAAGAUGAUCCACUUGACACCCCAAUACCAUUUCAUCGUCCUGACAUAGAAAGAGUAUCAGCAGGUCAUCCCAGGCAUGAAAUGACAUCUUCAUCAAGUAUUGACUCAGUAUUUAAGUUCCUAGAAGAACGGUAUAGAGCAGUCAAGAAAAAAGAUGAGCUGUAAAACACUGACUGAACACUGACUGAAGCAUUUAUAAGACUUACGAACUUUUUUGUGCUCACUGAUAUGUUCAGUGAUUUUAUAGAGAAACACAUUACAAUCAUAUUCAUACUCUUUGUGAAAAGAACAAAGUUUUUCAUGUUUGUGUUCAAUCCCUCAUUUAAAUUCUAUUGCUAAAAUUAAAAAAAAAAGGAAAACUAUUUUAUACAUUGACAUUUUACUGUGUUAUAAUCUUAAUAAUAAUACCUCAUUUAUUUUUACAUAAUAAUUGA